UUAAAGCAUAAUUAAGAUAAAAUUUUGAGAAGAUGUGAGGCUGCCUCUCGAGGGAAUGUCAACAAAUGUGAGUCACCCAGAGGAUCGACGCAUUCCAGACAGUCCGCCCGUCUAGGCCCUCACACCUGCUCUCACCUCGCCCUCACUCCUGACACAAACAUUACAUCAUGGGUGAUCAAAUCCAAGUAAUAACGGCCCCAUUGGUCAAUGUGCGUAUCACAAGUAACCUGAACAGCUUCAUGUCGGAGAAGAGAUAUGACCGCGGUUUGACCAUUGGCGAUCUCAAGGGUCGUCUGGAGCUCGUAACAGGAGCCUCCUCUGGCACAAUGGUUCUAGAGGCUUUUGAUGAAAAUGACAAACUUGUGUGUUCUCUAAGUGAUGAUGCUGCCCUUCUAGGCUCAUUUAAUGUGGAAGAAAAUUACCGUAUCCAUGUAACGGAUAAUUCCAAAAAAAUGGGAGAAUUUGAAGACUUGUCAAAGGUUGAAAAAUUUGAGUUGUCUGAAGAAGAAUACAGCAAACGAAAUGAAAGUGUACGUUCAUUUCUGAUGAAGAACAAACUGGGCAAAUAUAAUGAAGAGGAACAGCAGAAACUAGAAGAGCAGAGAAAAGCUCUUGAGAGAGAAGAGGAGGAGAAAGCCAAAGCAAUCUCUGUAGGAAGUCGCUGUGAGGUAAAAGCUCUUGGUGAACCUACACGCCGUGGAGAAGUCAUGUAUGUUGGCAAGGUGCACUUCAAGCCAGGCUUAUGGGUUGGCAUCAAGUAUGAUGAGCCUCUUGGCAAGAAUGAUGGAAGCAUUGGUGGGAAGCGGUAUUUUGAUGCACCAAUGAAGUAUGGAGGUUUCACUCGUCCAGCCUUUUGUGAAGUUGGAGACUUUCCCGUGUUGAACUAUGAAGAUGACGAGAUGUAAGCUUCAUAAGCUAGACAUUGAUGAAUUGUAUGGAUGCUGUUCAAUCACUUGGUCAUUUGUAAUAGUAAUUUUAUAUAAUUUGUGGUGCGAGUAGGUUUAAUAGAAAGAUGAAGAGAAAGAUAUUUGGUAGCUGGAUAAUUACUAAUAAUGUAUUGCUGCUCUUGCCUCAGGAAAAUGAAGCUGUGUGGGUUUGUUAACUUCCUCAUUUCUGAUACUGCUGUAUUAAAGUCUUCAAACUGUGUUUACAAAUGUUAGUGACAGUAUAAAUAUCAGUCAGCUCUCGUGGCAUUGGUCAUUAAAAUUGAUUUAAUUAGUCUAAAAAUAUGAAUUCAGUAUGGAGAAAUAAUCUUUCUAAUAAUGUUGUAGUUUAUCUCUGUGAACAUGUAAGAUAAUUUGCUUGCAGUUUAUUUUGUUGGAAAAUUAAGGAUGGAUAUUUCACCUGAAAUAAAAUUCAAACAUUUACAGUUGGCUGAAACUGCAAGUGGGUUUUUAACUGGAGAAUAAAAUUAAAUUAUAUAAUAUUUUUAAUUGUUUUAAGUGUGUGCACGUACAGUACCAUAUUUCCCCAGACAGUGCGAUUGAAGGUAAUGUAAUAAUUUUAUGAGUGCAUGUCCUGUCAAUCAUUCCACACGUCAGUCAGUCAGUCAGUCGGUUAUAGGAAGUGCUUAUUCAUAUUAGGUUGGUGGUAACUAGUAUUAAAAAAAAGGGCAAAACUUCUUUUAAAAAUUAUGGAUCAUAAAGAAAUAACUUUGUUUAAUUUUAGAUACUACAAUGACUUGAAUAAAAAUGCCAACUUAAGUAUAAGAGACUGAGUGUAUGCAUUAUAACAAUAGUCUCAUUGGCUAAUACCUGUACAGUGAUAUCCAGCACACAAGUGUCGUAAAGUAGAUGUGAUAUUUUAAUCUGUAGGAAGAAUAUGAUCUGGUUGAAACUACCCAUAAUUGUUUGAUUUUCUUUAUUGGAAGAAUUAGAAAAAUAAAUUAAAAAUGUAGAGGCAUCUAAUUAAGGGAUGUUAAAUUUGGAUUUUUGGUUUGUGCUGGAAGAAUCACUUAAAUUAAUAGUCAUUUAGCAAAUUAGGAAAUGAAGUUAUUGGAUCUUGACAUCAUGCAUUUUUUGUGUCAUUAUAAUUAGUAGCUUUAUGCAUGUACGCAUUCAGUCCUUGAUCAGAUUCACACAAAUGAUGGAUCACAUUGUUAAUGAUUUAUGAUAUUUUUAUAUAUUUCUUUAUAUCUUGGGAGAGCUGUGAUGAUGAUGAUAGGGAAGAUAGAAGUUAGCAGCAUUAAACAUUUAGUUAAGAUGCUUAACACUUUAGUGUUCUGGUCCAUCACCAUGCACCAGAUUGUAAUCAUUCCAGACCACGGGCAGGUGUGGGGGCUAUCUUGAGAAUAGUGUAUCUCGAUAUGAUUUCAGGGCUUAGUGUCCCUGUGGCCCGGUCCUCGACCAGGCCUCCAUUUUGUUACACACCCCCAGGAAACGGCUGUCUAACUCCCAGGUACCUAUUUACUACUAGGUGAAUAGGAGCAUCAGGGUGAAAGAAACUCUGCCCAUUUGUUUCCUCCUCCGCCCGGGACCGAACUUGGAACCUUAGGACUAUGAAUCCUGAGCGCUGUCCACUCAGCCGUCAGGCCCCAGUCAAGGCUGGUCAAGUUGAUCUCAGUUGUGUCCCUCUAUAUUUUAGUUGGUCCCCUGAUAAGCUCUGCCAACACUGUGCUGGUGUAUUUUAAGAGUUUAGUCAUGAAAGCACAAAUAAAAUGGUUAAGGAAGUGAUUUUUGGACUUUCCAAGAUCAGGUGAUGCAUUUUAGCAUCAUCGUUUCGUUUAUUGUCAAUUACCGAUGACCCAAAAAAUGAGUCAUUGGAAUGCUAAAAGGCUAAUGAUACACACUUACGACUGGAGCAAUACUGCCUGUGAAGUCUUAUACUCGGCAAAUUUAUUGUUUUUUAAUAUUUGUGACGUGCAGCGAAUGUGUGAUAAUUAGGGCUCGUGACAAGUUAUACAGGCAUGAGUUAACAAUACUAAUUUUAGUUAUGCAGCAUGUAUGUACCAUGUAUGCCUGUAUAAAUGAGGAUCCAUGAACAAUGCUUGUGAUAGUGUUCAUCUUGAUGAAAGUUGAGCUGUAAUUUUAAAUACAGUAGUAAUGUACAUUGUACAGUGUACAUGUACACGAGACCAUGUGAAUGCAAGCCAAAGUGCAUCUUGUGAUAUAUAUAUACAGCAUUCCCAUUUAUACAUUUUUGUUAUAAAUUCUCAAGGAGUUAAGGUAAUGAUAAAAAUAUUUUCUGUUCUCAAAUGCUUUCCGAUUGAAGUUUUAUAGUCUAUACAGUAUUUUGGUUCCAUUCUCAUUCAUCCUCUCUAUCUUUGUAAACAUAAUACAUUUAUAUUUAUGUAUUAUGUAAGUACUAAAUGAACUUGAUCUUAUCUGAUAUACUAGGCUCUUAACGAAAGGAUAUUGUUCAUGUACUGUACAUAAAUCUUUGUCAAUACUGUACUGGAUAUGCUACCCAGCAAUGCCUGGGGUGGACCCCAGAAGGUUGUCCCAUUUGUGUUGGGAGUCCAGGACAACAUGGAGCCACCAAAGGAACCCCACCAGAAGGAGGCAUUUCAUUACAUUUAACACUGCUGAUAUUUGCCAUUUAAGCCCAAUACAUUUUGAUAACCUUCAUGUUAACUGAAAUUUUGCAGCAAAUUUAAUGCCGUAACUAUUAUAAUUAAUUUAUUUUUAAGUUUAUGUAUUAAAAAAAUUGAUAUUUCAUUAUUGUUGAUUUCAAGCCUAUAUUUUUAAUUAUUCUAUAUUACAGUUUCUUUGACACAAGAUCAUAAUGGGAUUUUUUUGUUUUUCUUCUGCAUUCCCUAUAUCUUGGGUAGACUUUUUUUUCAAUACUGUAGUUUGAAAUAUAUGCCGUGUGAUCAGCUUUGUUAGUCUUCAAAUGUAGUGUAAUGCCUUUUUGGAACAUAGAGGUUGUAUUUAAUGUCAAUUCAUGAAUAGAGGUGAAGGCACUGACUUUUGGUAUUUGUUCAUAAGUAUUACAUGUCUGAUGAGUGAUCAUACUGUCUUGUAAAAAAAAAACUGAUAGAUUAUGUAAUAAGUAUUGAUAGGCAUAUUAUGCAUAGAAUGUGUGAUGAAGGAUUUGUCGGUAAAUAUCGUCCUUUAUAUGGAGGUGUUAAUUUGCUAACUCGGUAUCUGCUGAUACAAUAAUGCUUGCCAAGUGGGUAAAAUGUUGACACUUUUUUAUUCCAUUGUGUUUCUUGCAGGAUAAUACAUACAGUUUGCAGAUGUAAAUUUAUCUAAACCUAGAAUUUCAUAAAAUUUAUAUCAAAGGAACGAUACUAUAAGAGUUGUAUAGCUCACAAUAUUUAUGGAAAAAAGAGGAAGGAAAGCAUGAUUUAGUGAAAAUAUUGCAGUGGUUGUACUAACAGAUUGGAAUUUUGUUUUCCUAAAAUGUUAUUGUAGAGUCAGUUACUCAGUAAUGGAGACAAACAAUAUCAGUAUAGAAUUACUAUAGGUUCACAAAUGACUUAAAUGAUUGAUACUAGGUUAGAUGCAUCUUCUUUUGAUAAUUACUUACUAGCUUAGAUGUGAGUUUCAGGGAACUGAUCAGUCUAGUGUUUUCCUCUAGACUGCAUAAACAACUUUGGUGGGAACUUUCUCCGAUGUGACAGCAGUACUUUAGGCAAGGAUGAAUGAGACCUGUGUAUAACAAAGGUGCAUGGGCAAGAUGGAAAGUCAGAAGAUGGUAGCUUUGAGAGUCAAGAUUUGUGCCAUACUGUGUUGUCAAGGGUUCAUGAAAGUCUGUGACUUGCAGAGAUUCAAUGUGAUGCAGCCCUAAAUAAUAAUAUCUUAUUCCAGCACUUGGUCUUGGUCCUAAACUGCUAUCUUGCUUGAAUAUGUACCAGAACUGGCCUUGUGGAACCAAUUCUUGUAUUACAAUUUUUUGUUAAGGAUACAGUAGCUACAAAAAUUUAUGCAUGACAGGCCAAGUAAUAUCCAUGAUAUUUUAAGAGGAUAUAAUGGAAAGCAAGUGACCCAGUGUAAGUGCAAACUCAAAGGUACACUACUUAAAGAGCAUUGAGAACUAUAUUUGAGGUCAAGUAUCGAGGCAUGAAAGUUAUCACAGAAUUAACAAGGCAAAUGUAAUGAAAAGAUUUUUGCAGAUUUAAUGUGAUGGAAUACUACUUUUACCCCCACACUCCAUGUUGGAGAGAAAUCACUCGAGGGGCCAUUCACCCAAGAUAGUGUAGAUACUGUAUAUUUAUCUUAUGUUAAUUGUCUUAAGAACUUGCCGAGUUUUCAACACAGACAGAUUGUUAGACACCAUGAGACAGCAGUUGGUAGAGGCACUUUAUAUGUACAGUAUAACCUUAAAGAUGGAAUUGAUGGUUUUACUAUGGCAGGCAGUUGUAUGUACAUGAUUAAUUACUGAUACACCAAAGAUAUUUUUGAAAUUUUAUUUAUAUUUAGUUAAUGGAAAGAAACAUUUGGUUGCA